GUCGUGCCCCGCGCGCGGCGGAAGCGGAAGUGGAAGUGAGUGCGCUGGGAACCAUGGUGCCGCUGGGGAGGGCGAGGAGGGCCCGCGGCUGCCGGGAGCUCGAUGAGUUGUUACACUUUCAUUUUACGACAUUGCACUGAAUUCGAUUGAACAAUGGGGGAAAAUAGUCCUGACGACAAUGUUAUCUGCUAUGUAGUAGAGGAUGACGAGUUGACCCAAGAUGUUAAGAUGAUGAGGUUUGUGGAUAAAAAUGGACUGCUUCCUUCGUCAUCUGGGACAGUCUAUGACAGGACAACUGUUCUAAUUGAGCAGGACCAUGGCAUAUUGGAGGAUGACGAGGAUGAAGGACAGUGUGGAGAUCAUUUGUCUUUUUUACCAGAGGGUCACGAAGAAGGAUUUCAUCUAAUAGCAGAUCAUGAAGGAAUGUCCCAGGGUUAUGUGCAACACAUUAUUUCUCCAGAUCAGAUUCAUCUAACUAUAAAUCCUGGUUCAACUCCCAUGCCAAGAAAUAUUGAAGGAGCUACUCUCACUUUGCAGUCGGAAUGCCCAGAAACCAAGCUUAAAGAAGUCAAGAGAUACCAGUGCACAUUUGAGGGCUGCCCUCGCACCUAUAGCACUGCCGGGAACCUGCGCACUCACCAGAAGACACACCGUGGGGAAUACACAUUUGUCUGCAAUCAGGAAGGUUGUGGCAAGGCCUUUCUUACCUCCUACAGUCUCAGAAUCCACGUCCGUGUGCACACCAAGGAAAAGCCGUUCGAGUGUGAUGUGCAGGGCUGUGAGAAGGCAUUCAAUACACUAUACAGGUUGAAAGCACAUCAGAGGCUUCACACAGGGAAAACGUUCAACUGUGACACACAAGGCUGCAGUAAAUACUUCACCACACUCAGUGACUUGAGGAAGCACGUUCGCACACACACAGGAGAAAAGCCAUUUAGGUGUGAUCAUGACGGCUGUGGAAAGGCUUUUGCUGCAAGUCACCACCUUAAAACACAUGUUAGGACACAUACUGGGGAGAGGCCUUUCUUCUGUCCCACUGACGGCUGUGAGAAGACUUUCAGUACUCAGUAUAGUCUGAAGAGCCACAUGAAAGGUCAUGAGAAAGGACACUCGUACAAUGCACUUCCAAAUAGCGGCGUAUCCGAGGAUACAAACCACUCACUCUGUUUGAGUGACUUAAGUCUCAUGUCCACAGAUUCAGACCUGCGGGAAAAUGCAAACACAACACAAGGACAAGACCUUAGCACAAUCUCACCAGCAAGUAUCUUUGAAUCUAUGUUCCAGAGCCCAGAUCAUACUGCAAAUCAGGAAGACUCUCAACAGACUGCUGCCUUGAUUGAAAGUUUCAAUGGUGAAGACGACGCAGCAACGACUGUUCAGUCUUCUGUUGGAGACUCUGCAUCUCUGUCCCUCCCCCUGGUCCUGCAGCUUGGCAUUUCGGAGCCUUCGCAACCAGCACUACAAGCCUCAGCACCACCUCCAGCCCCCAUCUCCAUGGGACCCAGUUCACAGCAAGUUGCAUUUGGAAGCCCCACAGCCGUUUUACAGUCCCCUGAAGUGCCUGUUCCUCACAGCACACCAUUUGCAGCCAGUCACCAAGACUUUCUGCAGCCCACUCAGGCGCCACCGCAGCCCAUUGUACAGGGACUUUCAGUGGUGGCUGGAGCCUCAGCCCCAGCACCACCGAGUGCCACGGAGCCCCUGCCAGCUGUGGUCCAGACCGUGCCUGUGGGUGCAAACUCUGUUCUGACCAGUAACCCAACGAUAACAAUUACUCCGUCUCAGAGCACUGCUAUUCUACAGUCCAGCAUAGUCAUGGGAGAACAGAACUUGCAAUGGAUUUUAAAUGGUGCCACUGGUUCUCCACAAAACCAAGAACAAAUGCCACAAGUUCCGAAGGUAGAAAAAGUCUUUUUUACCACCGCAUUACCGGUAGCUGGCAACACAGGAAACUCCGUGCAGCAAAUCAGCGUUCCUGUCAUCAUCAUCAAGCAAGAGGAGGCCUGCCAGUGUCAGUGUGCCUGCCGGGAUGCUGCCAAGGACAAAGCCACGAGUAAGAAGAGGUGUUCCUCACCUGAGCUGAAACCUUCAGAGAAGCCAGAUGCUAAGCUGCAGCCUCAGACGUUUCCUUCCUCCUCUUCUCCUUUGCGUGAGCGAAGCGGUCAGGUAGCUAACCCUUCAGACUCGCAGCAUGAAACGUUAAGUGCCAUAGAUGUAUCGGAUUUCCUGUCCCUCCAGUGUCCUGUAACCUCACCCAACCUGAUUCCAAUUGAAGCACUACUGCAGGGGGAGGAAGAAAUGGGUUUGAACAGCAGCUUCUCCAAGUGAAGAUGCUCCUGGUUCUUCUCCCUUGCACCGGGACGGUAACGUCCUCCCUUUUAGAAGAAGCUGAAGGAUCAAGCAUCUUUUUUCCCCCUUCCUCUUUGGAAGCAUUGUGGCUUACUUCUGCCUCUCAGAUGUCAUUUUAGUCACGUCCCAAAAGCAUCCAUCUUUGGGGGUCUGUCUUUAAGAAAAAAAAAAAAAAAAAAGAAAAAAAAAGCUAAGUUAUAUAUGAACUGUUUUGGCUGCACUGUCUGUCACUUUUGCUUGUCAUAUGUGAACAUGGAAGUUAAGGUUACUCGUCUGCAUACAGAUUAGAAAGAGAAAAGGGGGUAAUAGGUUCCAGUCAGUCUCCAAUUGCACAUCACUGUUAUGUUUAAGGUUUUGGUACUGGCAGCAAGUGGGUCUUUGUUACAACUCCUUGGGUCGGUGAUCUCCUCCCGUGUCUGCUACUAACCCUGCACUAUGAUGGGGGCCCAGAGAAGGAAGUUUCUGUAGCAAAAGACGGCGUUACUAUAGUAGGAAAUGUUUUCCCUGGAGCUCGACUUGAGAGAGUUUCUAAGAUGCUUUUACCACGCUUGGGAUCCCUGCCCCAUUCCUUAGCUGGCGGAUGGCGCCUGGGUGUUUUAUGCUAACAGCAUCAGUAAAGCCAGCAAGAACUUAGGGGGAGUUUACUUGAGGGUGAGGUGCCUGUGCUCCCAGUGAGUGAGUGAGGGCUGAAAAUAAGCUUCAUGAGCCAGAAGUGGGAUCAAAGUCUCUGCCUGGUCAGAGCCCGCGCGCCUCUUGAGGAGCGCGGUGAGUUUUGAAUGUAGUCGUAUUGGUGCGUGCUGCUUCUGUGACUGAUCUGAAUGACCUAAGAUCUCUCGGGUAGGUAGAGCAGCAUGAAUCAGCCUUGAGCACAACACUUUGACCGAUGGCUCUGGCCUGACGUUGAGGAUGAUUCUAGGAAAUUGUUCCCAGUGAUUCUCAUCAGUGUUCAGUGAAUUCGAAUUCAGCGAGCCUGUCCUUUUGCUCUCCGGAAAUGCUUCCUUUUCUCUGUUUAGCUCUAUAAUCCCUGCCUGAAUCUGCCUCCAACCUACUGCAAUGCCAGCUCUCUGUGCGUGGGACUAUUUCUUGACUAAAAUGCAUUACACAAUUUAGUAGUUUCUCAUAUCAAACUGAAACUCUAGAUUCUAACCUACUCAGGGUAAAUAAAAUACAAACUCCCCUUCCACCAAAAAGCCUGUAAUGUUGCAAUAAAUGCAGUCUCAUUUUAAAUGGUUUAUUUAUGCUGCAUUAUUUUAAAAGAUGUACUUUUAUAGUAUUUUAUCCAUCUGUCUGGCUUUGGCUGUCAGUCCGUUUGUGUUAAAGGAAAGAAUAUUAAAUAGUUUUUAUUCAGUUUACAGUGUUGUCAUUAGUGAGAAUUAGUGAUACGACCAUAAGCCAAUGAUGCGGAGCAGCUGUGUUCCUUAGUUCUAGGGAUGCAAACUCCUCUCCCUCUCACUUGUGCUUCUGGCUGGCAGAAGUGGGGCUCAGCCCCUGCUGUUGGCUGGGCCCUGUCAGCACAGCCAAGCCUUUCUCCCGGGUCUCUGCACCAGGACCCCGGAGUUUGAAAGCCCUCCUCCAAAGAGCCAGUGCCAGAACUAACCUCUUAGCUGGGGCCAUGUCAUCACCAGAGGAUGCAAAGUGAGAUGGGUGACCUUACUUUUGAAGUGCAGCGAGAAGGGGGCUGAAGGGAGCUGGCUUUUACCCCUUGGAGGGCCUGCCCCAUUUCAGGGUGGGAAGAGGAAAGCAUCCCGUCGGGGCAAGGGUGCUGUGUGCGCUAGGGCUCCUGGCGGGAAGGGCUCCCAGGAAGUCAGCCGAACUGGAAAGUCCCUGGCAGCUUUUCCUCCUGGCAGGCACUAGCUAGCAGGGCAGUGCGUGGGGCAUGGCAGUGCUUACAGUUUGACAUGUCCAACAUAAGUUAGCAGAUGUACAGGGCGUUUCUGUUUCAGCCCUGUGUUUUCCAGGCUCUGCCGGGGAGAGCGGGGGCUGCUGCUCCGCUUAUCAUCCGCUGUGCAGCUGGUGAAAGCUGGGUGGGGAGCAGGAAUCCACCCUGGGAGUGCCUACCUGCCUGCAGCAAGGGACUGCACCCCUGCCUGCCUCAGCUCAGUUGUGAGAGUUGUGCCAUGUGCUUGGCUUUGGCUCUGCAUCUGGGAGCCUGGACAGUGGGGGGCUUGGCAGCCCUUUCGCAGCCUUUCUUCUUGCUCCUCUAGCCAAGGACUUCCAUAUUCAGCAGGGUUAGCUGAGCCUUGUCUUCAGCUGCUCCAGUUCACAGUGGAAUCAAUCAGAGACAAGUUUCUUGAAGAGGGCUUUGCUGUGGUCCAGGCAGAGUGGAGCCAAGCUGACAGACAAACAUGAGCUGUCUGCUCCAAAGAGGGCAAUACAGAGGUCUCGUCCACUUCUGCUUUUAAACAGCAGUCAGCAGUGUAGAGGCUGCUUAAUUGGGCUGACUCCUAUGCACUUGUAAUAAAGCUCUAGCGGCAUCCUUGGAAAUCCCCCCGCACUAGAGACCGAGAAGAAAAUCCUCAGAGGCUUUUGAAAUGGGAGACUCCUCUAGAAAGGCAGUGGGCAACAGCAGUGAGAAGGAGCACCCUCCCUCUCGCGCGCUCUCUGCUUCAGACAAGCAGUACCUAACAUCUCUGCUGUUAGUUCAUAGCUUCAGCCUUGGCAAGUGCGGCGUCUCAUCCCUGGGUCCUCGGUGUGUCGCAGGCUCCGUCCCUGCCCAGACAGGUGGGGCUAGCGGGUCUACGUGCAUCUGACACCCGGGUGUAGUUUCGGCUUGGGUGGAGCUAAGGAGGGGAGAGCAUCUGGUGUAGCCUGUCCCCACACAGCUCUGAUGCAACUGCUUUGCUAAUGCAUUUGCUUUUCUAACCUUUGGCCCGCUUGCCAAGAUGUACAGUCAUGCCUUGUCUGUCUGAGCCUGCUGCUGGAGUGCCUGCCAGUCCCCGUGCUGCUCCAGGUGCUGCAUUGCCAGUCCCUGCACCCUGCUGGGAUGUCCCUGGCGGGCUCGCUGGGGAAGAGGAGAACCCGCGAGGGCCUGGCCAGGGGCUGGUCCUUGCAGUCCCAACUGAGGCUGGAGGCUCCCCUCUGUUGAUGGCAGGCCCCAUGUUGGUCUGGUGGAGGCAGGGAGGCUGUUCUCCCGUGAUAGUGCUUUGGCCUCUGCUGGCAGUGCCGUGCCCAUGUCCUGCAUCCCAGCCACGAAUCCCUGUGUGUGUCUCUGUGAAGCAAAACUGCACUGCUCUGCGUCCGUGUGUGUGAAAGCGCUUCCUGUUUGAUGGCUUGGGGGGGAGGGGGGUUGCUUUUGGGUUACCUGUAGCUACUAGUGGGGUAAAAAGACAAUAGGACAGAGAACAGGUCUAACUACUAACACCUGUAGCCCUGGAGGCCAAGGAGAGGUGCCAGCAACCUCGCCUCGCGCAGCUGGGGGCUGGAGAGCCUGCUCUUCACGCAUGUAGGUGGUAGAGGCAGCUGGGGACAAGAAGUCAGCCCGCGUUAGACGCUGGUACUGCAUCGCGUGGAACAAAAUAGGGAGGGGGCUGUGACUUCCCGUCGCGCUGGCUGCGUCCAGAGAGACUAGUUUGAGGAACCUCAUGCUGGUAUCUGCAAUGCACUUUAGGUGAUUUUAUCUUUAACCCGAUUGCUGCAAUUUCUUUUGUAUAUACUUUCCCAAAGUUUAUUUUUGCUCUGAGUAAAUGUUAACAAGGGUGUACAAAACUGAGCACUUAUCUCGGUGCAAUACUUGUAGCUAAAGAUCUUUGUCCCGUGUGGUCGGUCUGUCUGUCUGUCUGUCUGUGUCUGUCUGAAGAACUGAAUCUGUGCGGUCAUUAGCUCAGUGACCUGUCGCCCUUCUCUGUACAGAAGCGAAAUUAUGCAUCCUUAGCAAACGUCUGAUCUAUGCAAAACCUCCACGGAGAGCGCUGCACUUUGGCAGGCCCGUUCUCUCGUGCUUUCUGAUGAGCUGCGUGUCACUUCGGCUGGAGGCGGUAGGCAUUUGCAGCUGGGUCCACCUGUCGUCCCGUCCCGUAGUUUCCAAGCGAGCCCCCGGCAGAAGUGACAAGCAGCCGUUCUUAGACAGGCAUGUUGCACCUUCCAGAUUCUCCUCCCGACCGCGUUCGAUGUCAUGUUCUCUGCCUUAUUUCACGGAGAGGGGCUCUCCCGCGGAGUCCAAGCUGUGUGUUUGGAAACUGCAGCAACAUUGUUAAACUGUUUACAAUUCUCUUCCUGCAUCAAUUAGAAAGAAGGCUUGGAAAAUGAACUGAUGCCCGGUGUGCGGAUCUGGGACUGCUGGGGGAUAUCAGCUCUUCGAGCUGUGAUUGGCCUUUGGAGUUCCUUGGAGAUUUAAAAACCAUUCUCUACUUGACAGUGACGUUCAGAAGGCAACUGCAACGGGAGGCAGCAUGGUCCGGUGCGGAGGGCAGUACACUGGGUAAUAGUCCCAGCUCUGCCACUGGAUACCUGUUGGGCCUUGGGCAAGUCACUUAAUCUCGCUAUCGCUGCCUCUGUUUCCUCAUCUGUAAAGGGAGGAGGAUGUUUAUUCAUCUUUGUAAAGUGCUUUGAGAUCUCCAGAUGAAAAGUGCUAAGUAUUAUUACCAAGAGCUAGCUGGGCGGAACAGUGGCUAUUUUGAGUAGAUUUGGCUGUAAGGCAAAGAAAAAAAGAACGAAGGAAAAAAACAAAAAAAGCAUCUUUAACACUGCUUCAGAUACCUGACAGCCUAGUUUUUAAUUGGUCUAUUUUUUUUCCUCCUUAACAUAUUUUGGAAACGACGUCCAGUUUUUAUAAACGUGACCUGUAGUCGAUACUCACGGACAGGGCUGAACUUUUAACUUUUCGCAUCGUGUCUUGGUCUGUCCCACCCGUUCUAGAAGUUGGAUUCUGUGUCUGCACUGAGAAAUGCAAAUGAAACUGGAUAUUUAUGUAGUCGUGUACAUAGUCUGCGUGUGUGCGAGCGUGUGCGUGUUCUUGGAACGAGUGUAAAAAUCCCACACCAUGCUUUCGGUGGUGUGCAACCUGGCCAAAAUUUGGUUCGUUAUGCAGUGUACACUUUCUCGACGAAAUGCAGUUUCUACUUUUUCUUACCAGAAAUGUUUUCAUACGAUCUUUUUCAGCAAAAUCAAGGGGAUGUUUUUUGCAGUCUCGUAGUUCCGGUAGCCAGUAUUCAGUGUAAAAGGUCGGGUUUGUUUGGUUUUUUCCCCCUCGCUGUGUAUUGUCACGUCCUUUCACCGGCUUACAGACUGGAGCUAUUUGUUUGACCCUCAUUUUCGACAGAGAAUAAGAGCUGCAGUUGUGUUGCAUCUUACACAGGCUGGCACUCGCGUGGGAGGCGGGCGGCCGUGCUAUCCGCAAGCCUGGUUCGCUGCCGAGCACUCUCUUCAGCAUGGAUCUCUGCAGAAUCGUCGCUCCGGGAAAUCGAGGUUGUGCGUGCGAGGGUUAUUUCCUGCUUUUGUUUUGUUUGACACAUGGUAGGAGCUGGGCAGUGGUCUUGGAGAUGAUUUUAAAGCUUUUCCAGAGCGCGUGUCUGGUGUUAAAGGCAUUUAUUUAACUAUGAAACGUGGGAACACAUGUACGUGCAGAGCGAUGUGAAGAUGUCAGUUACAGGUACAGUACUUCCAAAGGAAGAGCAUCUCCAAAACCCCAAAAAGAGUAAAUAUGAAUUUGUAUUUUUGAAGAAUGUAAAAUGUGAAUAACGGUGUUUGCUUAAUUGCUCAUUUUGUAUAAAGUUAAUAUUGUACUUUGAGAUAUCUGCUAAGAAGUGGAAAUUAACUUUUUUGGAAUUGAAAGCAAUAUUAAUACUAAUGGAAUCCUAAUUAAAUGCUUAUUUAAA